AUGGACUUGAUCACCUCUACCCAUUACCUGAUCAAUGCCUCUACUUUAGUAAGAAAUAGCACUCACUUUCCAUCUCCUGCCUCAAAGCUCAUCAUUGCCCUUCCUUUGUUCAUAUCGUCUAUAAUCGGUACCAUCACCAACGGGCUCUACCUAUGGGUGUUAAAGUUCAAGAUGAAAAAGACAGUUAAUACCCUCUUAUUCUUCCAUCUCAUUCUCUCCUAUUUUAUUUCAACAUUGAUCCUGCCAUUUUUAGCCAUCUCCUAUCUUCAGGACAAUAACUGGAACUUUGGAACUGCCUUGUGUAAGGUGCUCAACAGCACUUUGUCUGUGGUGAUGUUUGCCUCCAUUUUCUUCCUCUCCACCAUCAGUCUGGAUCGUUACCUUCUCACUCUUCACCCGGCAUGGUCCCAAGAGCACCGAACCCCACGCGGAGCUUCCAGCAUCAUCCUGGGAAUCUGGAUCUCUGCAACUGCCCUCAAUCUACCCUAUUUGGUUUUCAGGGAGACACAUCAUGACCAUAAAGGAAUGGUGAUCUGCCGAAAUAACUAUGCUGUGUCUAGUAAUUGGGAAAGCAAAGAGAUGCAAGUGCUAAGGCGACAGAUUCAUGUGGCCUGUUUCAUCAGCCGUUUCUUGCUGGGGUUUUUUCUGCCUUUCAUUAUUAUCACUUUUUGUUACAGAAAAGUAGCCAGCAAAAUGAAAGAGAGGGGUCUGUUUAAAUCCAGGAAACCCUUCAAAGUUAUGAUGACUGCCAUUGUCUCUUUCUUUGUGUGUUGGAUGCCCUACCAUGUAUAUCAGGGCUUACUUCUCACUGAGAACAAGUCACUACUUUUAGAGUUGAGUCUGAUAAUUACAGUGGUGACAGCAUCUUUCAAUAAUGUAUUUUCUCCCACACUCUAUCUAUUUAUUGGGGAGAAUUUCAAAAAUGUUUUCAAGAAAUCUAUCCUUACUCUGUUUAGGUCAACUUUCAGGGAUGAAUUUUCUGCAGAAAGAACACAAAAUCUAAAUCCAGAAGAUUGA